UAUUGCAAUCAGUCAUAGAGUUAUUACUUUAGUGUUUUUCUUUUUAAGUAACAGUGUUCUGAAAGGAUUUCUAGGCAUACCUAUUCUAAAAUAUAAAAUACAAAGUUUGGUAUGAAAGGGUUAAUGUUGUUUGGCCAGAGUUUCUAAACGGAUAUUGAAUGGAUGACAGCCAUUGAUGUCACUUUGAAAAUUGUGACGCAAAUAAUCAUAAAGGGCUUGUUCGACUUCUUGUAACCAAUAAAGUGUUUGACUAAAAGUGCUUUUUAAAUAACGUAUGUCGAACUGGUCUUCGAAAUAGUUUAUAGACAUUCCGACCCUACCAAGCGCUUAUGCGAAAUAAACUCUCACAAAAUUAUAUUAUUACUGCAAUCAGUAACCUUAAACUUGAAAAGGGACAAAGUGGGGCGGUAUGACAUGACAUUUUUAGCGAGUAAAAACAAUGAUUUCAAGGCGGUCUAGAAUUUGAAAGGUAAAUAAAAGUUUAGAUUCUGAACAAUAGAUUCUGCCAAACCUGCUUGGGUCGUCGACCUGUCACAUGUAAAAUUAACUAUUUAGUGCUGCAACAUUGGAUAUUUAGAUUGGGACGCUCUUAGACGUCAUUGCUAAUUUUAAAUGCUUCCAUGAAAACGGCAAAAUUGAAGAUCAUUGUUGUUUAAUGAAAUCAUUGAAUGUGCAAGUCAAAUACCGUAAACAGUGUGAAUAAUACUGACAACUGUCACAUCUCACGGAUUUAUUUAAAAGUAAAGGGAAAAGUCUUUGUAGCUAAAGUUCUUUAAAACGGUAGAGAAAUAUUUCAAUAAAUCUUAGAUUUGUCUGCACUCCGCCGAAACAGAAAACGGAACGUAGCCAAACCUUUGUUUGCGAAAAAAAACGAUUUUCAGAUACCGUAAUCUAAAGUUACAAUAUUUUAUAAUCCAAUUUUAAAGUUCAAAUUCUGCGGCCAUUUUGUCUUAAACAUCAUCUAAAAAAAAAUAGAGUGGAGAUCGUACAAACAGAUAAACAGUUGAGUCUGGAUACGUGAAACAAGCAGACAGCAAUUUGUUUCACUAUGGAGGUGGCAACAGGGCAGAGCGACAGCAGCAACUUCAGUCUGAUGAGCGCAAGCGCUGCCGAUCAACAUACCCCUAGCGGCUCCGCGGAUAGUACAGGUAUGCUGAGCACCCACACAAGGGAGAUGGUGGAAGUGGUCCUGGUGGCUAUCCUCAGUACUGUUAUUGGCGUAAUGGGUGUUGUGGCCAACUGCAUCAAUCUGCUGGUCUUCCUACGCCAAGGUUUUCGCGAAACCAUCAACAUAAGUCUUACUGCUUUGGCGAUUUCAGACAUUGGCGUCCUGUUGACCUGGAUAUUUCUCGCCAUUUGCUACAACCCGAUUUUCCUGAAGUCUGACGCGAUGCUCUUCACACGGUCAUCUCUGAUGUUUGCCAUGGCUUGGUCCAGUGUCUGCUUCACGAGGAUCACUGGCUGUAUCACAGCCUUUAUCACCAUAGAGAGAUGUCUCUGCAUUGUUGCACCUUUAAGAAUCAAGCGUCUGAUCACUCGUAGAACCACUUCACUCGCCAUGAUAUUCAUUUUUGCCACUGUCGUGAGCUCGUGGAGCAUUCUCUACACCGGGGUCGACUUCGCGUGGGCCAAAGAGAAGAACACCAACAGAACACUUCUCCACGUUUUUGACAAUGGCCUCAGAAACGCCAGACGCAAAGUAGCGUUUUCAUACGGUAACACGAUCCAAUGCGUCUCCUUCAUCUUAGUUGUAUUUUUUACUUCCUUCAUGAUUGUUCGAUUGAGGAAACAGGCAAAAUGGCGUUCAAGCACUUCCGCUUUCGGUGGUGAGACGAAGAAGGAGAAGAGUGGCGGACUGUCGACAAGGGAGGCUCGGCUGGUACGCAUGGUCGUCUUUAUCUCAGUCAUCUUGAUCGUGUCUUCAGGCCCUGGUGUGGCAAAUCUGAUCGCGGCGUCCAUCGUGCCAGAGCUGUCUGUGAUGGGUCGUUACGCCAACUGGCACGGUGUGGUGUGGUCAGUCGCUAGUUUAUUGUCUGUGGUCAAUUCUAGCGUAAACAUUUUCGUAUAUUACAGUAUGAGUUCCACAUAUCGUGCUCAGUUCAAACAGAUCUUUAGCCGUUACCCUCGUGGGGAGUGA